CACGCAGAUACGCAGUUUCGCGCAACAAGUUCUUUCUUCGAUAUCUCGUUCAAUAUCGACGCGCCGGCGGACGCGGCUUUUCGUUUCAUUUGAAACGGUUCGAGAAUCCGAGGAGGGCGAAUGAAAUCGCGCGCGCGGAUGCAAAUGUGAAAACAUGCUCGGAUCGACGAUAUUACGGAGGGCCGUGCUGCUCGUUGGCCUCGUCGUGACGUUCCAUGUCGCAACGGUUUCCGCGACGCAUCGACUGAACGUGCCCCGGGUCCUGUUGCCCGUGUUCAACAAUUUCGCGGUGAAUUUCACGCUGGAGGUCACGGAUGGCGGUUGCUACAAAUGGUCAACCUCGCGUCUGGAUAUCAUACAACUGAUUCCCAUAAACGAGAAUUUCGACAGAACAUGUUCUUCAGCAAUAAUGAUUCAGACUAUAACGAGAGAGCUUACAAGAAAUACCGCAAUUGUUUUGGCAGAAGAUAUUGGUUCAGGUCAUUUUCUGCGUUGCGAUGUUAUAGUGGAUGCAAUUUUUUCUUUAAGUCUUAUUACCACCACAAGGGAAUUGUACAUCGAGGAUAUACCUGAAGCGUUUGAAGUACGAGCGUACGAUGAACAUGGAAAUGAAUUUACAACUUUAGCAGGCAUAGAAUUUGUAUGGACUAUUGGUGAUGCUGAUAAAUAUAUGUCAUCUGAUGGUAAAUCCACUAGUAAGGUGUUGCGUUUCAUGACCUAUGAAGAAUCACAAUAUGAAAGACCUGUAAGCAUAGCUACAUUAGAUAGCAUUGGCAAAAAAGGUCAUAUUGUCCUUAUAGAAGGAGUCAGAACUGGCACUGCCAAAGUGUCGGUUAAACUGCCACAUUCUGAGUAUAGGCAUGUUCCAUCUAUAGAACUGGAGUUGGUUGUAAUUGCCAAUUUAAUCAUCAUUCCACCAGAGAUAACGAUAAUAGCUUAUGACAGCUUCAGGUACAAAAUAAUGCACACUCGUCGGGGUCGAUUAGAGGAGAUCAGUCUACCUUUAAGUCAAUAUUACUUAGAAGCCGAGAAUCCUGAUAUAUUGGAGAUCGAUAACGACUAUGACGUCGCGUAUGGUCGUAAAAUGGGACGUACAAAAGUGUUUCUGCACGAUAAGAAUGUUCGCGAAGAAUACCCGGUUAUUCUACCCUCCGCUACAGUUAACAUACAGGAAGUUUCGUAUAUUUCUCUCACUGUUUUGCCAAAUAGAAACUGGGGACUGGUAUUAGGUCACACUCAUGAGAUUGUUGUUGAACUGUACGAUAGUAAAGAUCAUAAAUUCCAUAUCGGAGAAGGUGUGGAAGUUUCCAUGAAAAUAGACGAGCAAUAUCUCGAGCCAAAAUCAAUUACUCUGAACGGAACUUAUGCUGUUGUGACACCGAUUACCUGCGGAGUAACGAUUGUGGAGGCAACUUUGCGUGGUAUAAUUGAUAAAAGUGGCAAAAGGAUUAUAUUCAAACCACAAUUAUCUACCAAGGCCGAGCUCAUGAUACACACACCAGUAAAAGUUCAACCUCGCGUCUUAGUUGUUCCAUGGGAUAUUGUGAAUAGAUCCAGAUUCGACAUAAUGUUAAAGGCGAGUGGAGGAGACGGAUCGUACGUUUGGUCUAGCAGACAACCUUCGAUAUUAUCCGUUUCGCAGAACGGUGGUAUCAGAAUUAUAUCAGCGGGUACGACAGAAAUAGUCGUCGCGAUGGCGAGAAAUCAGCACAACAAAGACACGACGAAGAUACACGUCUUACCGCCUGUAAAACUGAAGAUUAUUGAGUACAAUAUGGAAGCGGCCGUAGGAGAAUCCAUUCAUCUGCACGUUGCUUUAUAUGGAAUACUGAUCAACGGAUCCGAUACCAAGGAAAUACCGUUCAACGAUUGCAAAGACAUCGAUUUUGAGGUGCAUAUUCAAGACGUCAACUUCGUGCGGAAUUAUGACAAGAACGUACAACCAAUUGGCGCUGCGUGCGCCGUGAUAACCGUGACGAAUUACCGUUCCGUCGGGACGUCCGAUAUAACUGUUGCUUACAAUGUGAACAACAACAAUAUGAUCGAUCGGUAUUUAACAGAUAAUGUCACCGUGUCGGCGUACGAGCCGCUUGCAGCGAUACAUCCGGAAAACAAAGAAACAUUGCUCGCUGUAGGAUCUUCAAGAUAUGUGAUGUUCAAGGGUGGACCACUGCCGUGGACGAACAAAUCUCAGGAUUAUUUGCGGGAGAUACAUCUGUCGGACGAACAAAUCGUCGAAGUAGCCGAAUAUGAAGACUCGUUAAGUGGACCGUUCGACAGGGCAGUUUUCAAGGUGAUCUGCAAGGAAUUGGGCAAAACGGCGCUGACAUAUAUGGUGUCAAAUGUGCCUUUAUUCUCAAACUGUCGACGCACUCACGCGUCGGAGACGAUUGAAAUCAUCUGCGGCAAGCCCAGGUACAUCUAUCUACGGCCAGAAUUUAGGGGAACGCAGGAUAAAAACUGCCCGAUCGGACAAAACACGGACAAGAUAAUCGCGCACAGCGACAAGCAUCUGAAGAUCACCGUGAUUGUCAAAGACGAAGAUGGCAAACGGUUUGACAAUAUCACAAGUCUGAACAUCGAGUGGAAUUUGAAACCAUCGGGCAGCGGUGCCGUGGAAAUCCAAUCCAGUACGAUGGAAGAGACUCGGACGGAUGCAAAUGUGAUUCUUUCGAAGAAUCAUUAUCAGAACGUUAUUUUCAAGAAGCAUCAUGGCACUCUCGCAAUAUUCGCAACCGUGACCGGCUACCAAAAGCUCGUACUCAACAGAUUGAAGAUUACGCCGGAAUGGCCACCGUUUCCCAUCGAGAACGAAAGAGGCGGGAUCGAGACUCCGCUGAUAGAAGCCUCCAUAGAGGCGACUUUGGUCAAUGACACUAUUGUCAGUCCCGAUAAAUUAAUAAUUCUAAACGAUUCGAGCAUGAAGUCAUAUUUACAUGUCAGCCAAGGCUCCGGUUACUAUGAUCUUAUCCUCAGCUCAAAGGAGGUAGCGGAUAUUCGAUAUAUGGACACAACGAGAACGAUCAGCGUGACGCCAAGGAAGCCGGGGGUGCUUCAUAUAACACUGAUAGAUCUUUGUCUACCCUCGAAGUUGGCAGAGGUGCAGGUGGAAGUCCAACAACUCGCAGCGAUUGACGUGGACACCGUGGAUAAAAUUGAGAAAGGGAAAUGCGUGACGGCCGCAUUAAGACUUUACGAUACGAACGGUCACGUCGUGAAGCUGCCGUCCCUCGGCGCGCUGGAUUUCCGCGCCGAGAUCGACAACGAGCACGUCGAGAUCAAGCAAUUGCCCGCCAACGAGCAGACUAUCCCGCCCUACGAACAAAUACUGUACAAGAUUUACGGCCUAUCGGAAGGCGAGAGUCAGCUGACAUUCGUGAAGGCUGGCGAUCGUGAGAUACGCAGCGAACCGAUCACCGUACAAGUGUUUGUCCCGUUGCGAGUGCAGCCGACGAACCUGACGAUACUAAUAGGCACAAUUUAUCAGAUGCAAACCGUUGGCGGCCCGCCGAACGCCGAGAUUGAAUUCUCGACGGAAAGCGGCGAUAUCUUGCGGGUUGAUCGCAACGGGAUUCUCGAGGGAAAAUCAGCGGGCCAGACCGGGAUCCGCGUACGUGCCGUUGGACUCGACGCCAAGGGCAACAAGAUCGUCUAUUCGGAGGAUCGCGCCGAUAUACAUGUGCUGCAUCUCGAGGGAAUAAAGAUCUCGACUCCGGUGAAUAGAGUGAGGGUGGGCGCGACGUUUCCUCUCUGGGCGUUCGGCAUCCCCGAUUACUUAACACCGCUCAUCAUCGGCUCGAUGCAGCUGCCACUGAGUUUCGCAUGGUCGUCGAGCGAUCCUGGUUUGUUGAGCUUGCACAACAUGUACGAGGGCACCGGUAUCAAUAUCAGAUAUCAGAAUCAGGUGUCGCUGCGGGCCAAGGCCAUAAGCUCGGGCAUGGCAACGAUCUUCCUGAAUGCCACUGUGCCCUGCAACAUGCUGUCUGGCUUUAAUAAAAAUGACAUCACGUACACUACAUUCGUGAAGAUCGAAAUCUUCGAGGAGUUGCGCCUGACUAAUCCGCCGUCCUCGGGAAAUCCAGGAAUAUCGCGGAUAUUGAUGUCACCGAACUCCAUCCUACGGCUGCAAACCAACCGUGACAGACACGGGACAACAACUUACAAAAUCCUGUCGAGCACGCAUGGCGACGAGUCCGAGGAUUUUCACACCUUGACGUCCGCUACGAAGGCUGUGACAGUGGACAAGAACGGAGUCGUGAAAUCUGGCGAGAAUUGUGGCCAAACAAUUGUCUCCAUUACAAAUACGGAGACGUACAACUUGAAACAAUCGUUAACAGUGGUGGUCCAAGUCAAGCCUAUUCAUUACAUGAUGCUCUCUCUGAAGUCCAAACUGCGCAUACGAAGCGGCGAAGAGCUGAAUAUGUUACCGAAGGGAAUGGAACUGGAUUACGUCAUCGAGUAUUACGAUAACGUAGGGAAUAAGUUCGACGCUGCUGAGAUGAAUAUUAGGGCUAUGCUCAAUCGCGCCGAUCUGGCGUCGUUCGCCACGGGCACCACGGGUAAUGUCAUCACUGCCAAGUUUCUGGAGAACGGCGAGUUGGUCGUGAAGAUCUUCAAUGAGAAGCAUCCAAAUGGAAUGUUCGACUAUGUUCAUAUGAUGAUCGGCGAUAUCGUAUUUCCGACGAAGACUACUCUGACUGUCGGCGACAUAAUAUGUUUCUCUAUGCCGUUACUCUCGUCCGACGGCGAUCCAGGAUAUUGGCAAUCCUCUGCGCCUGAAAUAUUGCUGGUGGAUCCCAUCACGGGCAUAGGUCGCGCGCGAAACAUCGGCCACACUGUUAUAAAGCACAGCCUCGCGACUCACGUACAAAGUGAAAUAGAGGUCAAUAUUUUACCAGUUGCAAAGAUAUCCAUUGUUCCUUUGAGAGGAAGGAACAUUACUGGCACAGAAACAUUCAGCGUACCGCUUGUACUGAAGAGUAAAGACGAGGAAAUUAAGGAGAACAACGUGUUGGCCAGGGGCUUAGGUGGUUGCCGGACAUUAUCCUCGUUCACAUUGAAUGCGUUUCCCUACUCGUGUAACAUUCAAUUUGUCUCGUCGAGUUUUUCUGUCGGCGUGAGAGAUAUAUUCCUCGUGAAACCACGAUUUGAUAUCGUGACAGGUUUUUAUUACUGCGACAUUAUUCCGAUGAGCUCGCCGACUAUAGUCGCCAGUAUAUUGGAAAGUCGUAUACAAAUUAAUGUCCAGAAUCGGGAUAUCGAGUCUGCAGCUCUGGAACUCACUUAUUUACCGCCUGUAUACGUCGAUGCUAAAGAAAUCAUAUUUCUUACUACACAAAGUUCCACUGGUGUGUUGUCGACGACGUUCGAAGUGUACGGCUUGCCGGUGGUGUUACAGCAUCUCACUAUUGAUGUACCAGAUGGUGUGGCCGUUACUUCGCAACAAUACGUCUCUAAAUCUACACUGCAAUACAGAUUACGUUUGAUAGAUAAUCAAGAUGAGAUUCAGGGGCAAAAAGUAUUCAUUGCAAAUGAUUUGACCAAACAAAAUGUAUCUCUUCGCAUCCGCGUGUCGAGAUACAAUAAAUUCAUUCCCAUAUCCGGAGUGCAAUGGGUAAAUUACAUGUACUUCCAUAGAUAUACACUCGGAACAUUCGCCGUUAUUGUAAUCACGAUUUUCUACGUUUGGAAACACAAAGUGGCGAGUGUCGAUUUAAUAGUCAGGAAUAAAACCGUUUUUGCUGAUAAAUCUCCACCGAUGAUAAAGAAGCCCAUCGGUAUUCCAUGUACAACUCCGAUCAUCACUCCGAUCACACCUCCGAUCACCACUCCGAGUAUUAGCCCACGAACUCCGCCAAGGCCUUUCUCAGCAUUCGAGUCGUCUAUUUACGGUGAUCCGCGUAGUUUCGGCACACCAUAUAUCAGAAGAAGAGAUAUAUGUGAAUAGAAUGACUGAAUACAGAAAGUAAUUCUGAAUUGUUGACAAAGAUUUGUUAGAAAAUAACGUCCGCUCCGAUAUUAAACAUUACAGUAAAAACUUGUUUGAAUUGAGAUAAUCCAUUUCAUAAAAAUGGCUUAUUUUUGCCAACGUAAAAGCUGUUACAAAUAUCGUAACUGAUCUUUAUUCAUUACAAAUAUAUAGUCAUCGCAAAAUCGUGCCUUAAACCCUAAAGCCAUGUCAUCACAAUAUUUUGGUGCAUGGAAGCAAUCUUUCUAGGAAGGAAUAGGCUCGAUUUUUGUAUAAUACAUGUAUCUUCGUUUGACAUAGCAUAUACGGAAUGUUUCUAAAUUUUUUAUACAUAUAAACUUAUGUCUGAAAAUGCAUAUCAUUAAGGUAAACGUUUCAGUGCCCAAA